AUGUUGUUGGCAAAAGGUUGGCUACAAAUUUCAGAAGAUAGCAUUACUGGAAGUCAACAACGUGAUAAAGAGUUAUGGAGACGAAUUACUGCAUACUAUGAAAAAAGCAACACGUCGAACAUUGCAAGAACUCAAGCCAACCUCAAAACGCAUUGGCAUUACAUGAACCCAUUUGCAGUUGCAUUUAAUCAAAUGUAUAUAGUGUUGAAAAGUCAACACCUCAGUGGAUGGUCUGAGGAUGAUCUCAAACGUGCAACUUUUGAGCAUUAUCAUGCUAGAUAUGGUGCCGAUUUUAGGCACGAACAUAUUUGGAAUAUCGUUAAAAAUGAACAGAAAUGGAAAGGUUCAAGCACUGCAUUUGGGGAAUCUAUGUCUUCAUCAAAUACAUAA